AUGGAUGAAGAAGAGAAGGCCAUCAAGAGUCUGCGAAUAACCCUUCCAUUGUUGACGUUCAUUACUAAUGAUUACAGUGCAAACGAUACUGAGAAGUCUUUGUCUAAUAGUGGAAUGAAUGUAGUUGAUACAAAAGCGACAGAACUGAACCAAUCAGUUGAACAAUUCCAAGUGAAAAAGGACAUAUCAGAGUCACUUAUCGAUGAUGGUACAAUUCGUUCCUUUAUCGAACAAAUUAAUUCAAGACAAUUUUUGAAGUGGUUAACAGAUAAAACAAUAAAAGAAAACGAUACAAUUAACGUAAAAAUGAAGAAGUUGCUACAUUACAAUGCAUUCCAUAGUCGAAAACAAUACAUGUUACACGCGAAUACAUCACAGAGAGAUGAAAAUGUUAAAUCUGAGUAUCCACAAAGCGCAGCACCAACGCAGAGAGAAAAGGAUGAAGAAAAAGAUAUACCUGAAGGCGAAGGAUGUUUUGUCAAAUACGGUUAUUCUAUUUCGCCGGCGAAAAGGAAAGCGCGUUGCAACAAAAGACAACAGGUCGUAGGUGUUAAUAAUGUGGAAAAACAAAUGAACGAACCAGAUGAAGAGAAUGAGGCAACAGGAGAUUAUCCGGCGAACAUUGUCGAAGACCUCAGUGUUGUAACAUCGUUGAUUUUAUACAACGUAUUUAGUAAAAAAUGUGAGUCCUCGUUCCUUGUUCAUAGACCCGUCAAAAGAUUAGUAUUGCCAGAUCGAAUCUUAGAUGAUAUUGAUAGAUUCGAUCUAUUAUACGAUUGUCUCGUUAAACAAGCCCAGAAAGAUAGUGAUCGUCAAUAUUCAACCCCAGACGGUAACAAUAAUGAGGAUAAAAGUAAUCAUCAAGAAACUGAGAAUAAGACCAAAACAAACGUUAAUGAAGAGAAAUCCAGGCGACGUAAUAAUAAUUUCAAUGAAUCGAGAAUGAAUAAUAAAAAUCGUCAGUCUAUACGUCGCGAUAAUUCCAGAAGAAUCCAAAUAGGUGAUGAUAAGAUAGAAGAGCGAAAAGGAUUAGAUAAAAACUCAGUAACAAUAAAAAAAGAGAAAACUAAACAUAAAUACGGUUAUCUCGCUGAUAGUGUUCGUGAUCGUUUAAAAUAUCUGCCCGUUUGUGAAGAAUUAAAAGCAUUUCAAAUGAAAGAAAUGCCAAAAGUAUUAAAACAGAAGCAACAUUUCAUUAAUCGUGUAGGAUACAUUCCAAAUGUACCCUACAAUUUUCGAAUGUGUCCUGCAUAUAACCUAGACCAAAUGGCUUAUAUUCGAGACCAUCUUUGUUAA